ACCUGUUGAAUGUAGUUUUACUUCCUGUUGCGAAUUCGACACAAAUUUGUUCACUAAUUGUCGACGUUUUCUGUUCCUGUCGUACCACCCGUUCCACAAUGUUUUGCCAUUUUCUUUCAUCCGGCGGGACUUUUACAGCCCAGUUUCAGUGCCUUCUAGGAUGGACAUUCUUUGGGAAUCGCUGGCAGAAACAACCGCAUCGAUCUGGAGCAUGGUCUUCCCGGCGGCCCCGACUACGCCCGCCUCCCAAGAGUGGCGCCGAACGUACGAAACAAUCAAAGCUGGCCACGAUGAAGCGUACGCCACGAUCGAGCGUGCGAUCAAGCUCGAGGAGCACGAACGUCCCGAUCUGGCCCUGCAGGCGUACAAGGACGGCAUACGGCGCAUCGACGAAACGCUUGCCCUGCCCGUGGAAAUGCCCGACCUGGAAGUGCAGGGCCCGCAGGCAGACGAAACCUGGCAGCAGGCCGUCGCGAUGAUCCACAAGCUGAAGCGUACGCGCGGUGAAGUUCUGCAGCGCGUCGGACAGCUCGGUGGCAAUGGGUCGUCGGAAGCGGGCGGCGGUGCCGAAAAUGGCACCGGCCAGCGGCCCUGGACGUACACGGAGCUAGCGAUGGCACUGCGGGACAUGUCGGAUGCGGCGACGGCGGACGAAUCCGAUGCCGACCGGCUGGAAUUGCUGUUUUCGUGUGACGGUGUGCAGGUGUACUACAUCGAGCCGGACGGCGUGGUCAGCCGGACGAUGGCCGACUCGACGCUGCGCAUCGUGCGCAUUGAGGGCGACGAAAGGCGGCAGCUGCAGGCGACCGUGUUUCUGCAAGUGAUCGAAACAAGGUCGGCCACACGCAUCGAGAACGCGGAAGAACCGCUGGAGCAGCUCGAAUCGGUGGAGGCGAAAGAGGAGCAUGCGGACAGCAAGGGUACAGCGCCACCCGUCGGGGAAUUACCGCACCCGCCACCGGAGGAACAACGGCCCGAUGGACCGGACCGACCCGGCUUUCUCAUCUAUCCGCUCAUCCCGGGCGUAUCGCCCUGCUACCGGACGGAGUACGGCGCCUUCAUACUGCCCGAUCUGGGCGCGGACAGUGAGCGGGGCCGCGCAAUCGGGCUGGUAGUGCCGGCCGAGGCCGAUGAAGUGGUGCUGGAGAUUUUGGUCGCCUUCCUGCACGGCAUUGUCACGCAGCCGUCCAGCAGCACGGGCCCGGCCCGCGUUCGCAAGCGCUCCCUCCUGCCCGACUCGACCACCGUGUCGGCCGGCAUCAUCAAGGGUGCCUUCUACCUUUCGCAGGGCUUAGUGCGGGGCGCGGAAAAGACGGGCCAGCUCAUCGCUACCGGCACACCGUACGUUAUUUCGAAGCUGGGCCAAAAGCAGCCGGCGGCAACGGUGGCGGAAGAUGCGACCGCUUCCACCACCACCGUGCACGUGCCGAAGAACGUGCGCACCGGCAUCGAGAUUGCGAAAACGGUCACCGGUACGGCGGCGGGCGUAACGAGCUACGUGGCGGGCAAGGUCGGUACGGCCACGAUGGCACUCGGCCGCUUCCUGGCGCCGCACAUUCAGCGGCACGGCAGCGCCCUGCUCGCGUACGGGACGGGCAUGAGCGAGCAGGCCGCCUCGGAGCGCAUGAACGGUGCGCUCACGAUCUGUGCCGGCGCGGUGGAGGGGUUCGGCACGGUGUACGAGGGGCUGGAGCGGUCCGCUUCCAUCCUGGGGCAGAGCUUGAGCACCAGCACGGUCCAGAUAGUGGAGCAUCGGUACGGUACGGAGGCGGGCCGGGUGGUGGGCAGCUCGCUCGAUACGGUCGGCAACGUGAUCAAUGUCACGCACAACAUGAACUACAUCACGCCGAAGGGGUUGGCCAAACGGACGGCCAAGAAUGCGGGCAAAGCGCUCGUGGCCGGGUACAGGCCACCGGUGCCGGAGCUGGACGGUGGUGGCGGUGAGGCUGGUUCGGCGGGUGCAGGUGCUGCUGGUGCGGCGGUGGGCGAAUCGUCACGCAGCCAGCAGCGCAUCGUUCCAGCGGCCGUACUUUACCCCGAUCUGGCAGGAUUAGCGCAGGAGGUGCAGCGGAAGGCAGGAGGGCAUGAUUAAAGGCAAGGCAAGCCGAAACGAUCAAGUAAGGGAAGAGAAAGGAAGUAUAUUGAAUAGCUAGUCCCGCGGAUAGAUUUAUAUGUUGUAAAGUGAGUGGGAAAAUGUUAAAGAAGGCAAAGUUCAAAUGAAUCCAAUAGGAUUGAUUGUGUGUGUGGUAGAGGUCAACAUUGUUAUACGCUUGUUUUAAAAUAGGAAUCUCAUAUACAAUAGCUGGGGUGAUUGUUACUAUUUUACAUCGAUUAGAAAGGAUUUUUGUACAGGAUUUAAUCAAUAUUUAUCGUACCACGUAAGAACCGCGUGAUAAGAAUCUCAACUAUGAAAAUGGUCAGAUUUCAAACAGUUCUAUUCCUCCGCAACUUAAAUCACUUCUUUACCUAUCAGCACAAUGAAAUUGUACAAUACACAAUGUAACACUCGAAAUAGCUUAAGCGGUCUGGGAGAAGUCUGAAACAUUUUACUCAACAAAUAAACGAUACAAAUAUUUAAAAA